AUGGACGGCGGCGCGCUGGCGUCGUGGAACGGCAGCACCGGGUUCUGCAGCUGGGAGGGAGUGGCGUGCACCCGUGGUAAGACGCGGAACACACCGCGGGUGGUGGGGAUGAACCUGCCCAUGAGAGGGCUUGCCGGGACGCUCUCCCCGGCCAUCGGGAACCUCACGUUCCUGCAAGCACUGGAGCUGGGAUUCAACUGGCUGCACGGCGACGUCCCAGACAGCCUCGGCCGUCUCCGUCGCCUCCGCUACUUGGACCUCGGCUACAACACCUUCUCCGGCAGGUUCCCCGCCAACCUGAGCUCCUGCGAGGCCAUGGAGGAAAUGUUCCUCGACGCCAACAACGUUGGCGGCCGCGUGCCUGCAGAGUUCGGGGACAGGCUGACGCGGCUCCAGGUGCUCCGUCUCAAGAACAACAGCCUCACGGGGCCUAUCCCGGAGUCGCUUGCCAACAUGUCGUCUCUACGCCACCUCGCCCUCGCCAACAACCAGUUCGACGGCCAGAUCCCGCCGGGGCUGAUAGCACCAAGAUCACAAUCACGCGUCCAAUUAAGUGGCUAA